AUGGAUGGACGUGAGGACGCUCAUGUCUAAGAACUGGAGAAGGUUUCCUGGAGUUCAGAAUCCUCAAGCAUGUCAUUCACCCAACCUUCAUUCUACUACCUAUGAGCGUUGAGCAAGAUAGUCUUCCUCUCCUAUUCCCAGGUGGGGUGGAGCUGGUGGAUUAGAAAGCCCCCUUUGAGAGCCAUCUUGUUGGCAUAUACAAUUACUGCAAAUGAAGCAGGAUAGUCAGCUGGCCACAUACACCAGAAGGCAGGAGACUUGGAGUCCAGCUCUUGACCUACUUGACCUAGAAAACAAGCUGGGCUUGAUUUUUUAGAAUCACAAACUUUUAGAACUGGAAGGGACCCGAGACAGAGGCAAAAUGAACAGAUGUUAACAAACAGAGUCAUUAAAAUGAUUUUAGUGUUUAAAUCAUUUUAAUGAUAAAAUAAAACAGUAAACUUGGUUGAGGAAAAUCUCUUACUUCAAAAUUAGGCUUUUUAAAAGUCCAUUUAAAAAUAUGUUGGAAAAAAAUCAUAAUAGCUACUUAGGUUAUCUGUUCAGGAGAAAAAUACUAUUUGUGAGUUGAAAGUAGGUCAGUUUGAGCCGGGCACAGUGUUAUGAGCCUAUAAUCCUAGCUACUCAGGAGGCUGAGGCGAGAGAAUCGACUGAGAGUUCAAGUCCCACCUGGGCAACAUAGCGAGACUGUGUCUCAAGAGAACCCAAAGCCAAAUAAACAAAAGAGAAUAGGCUAGUCUGAUUGUUCCACUGAUUUUUCUUUAACUGAUCAUUUAGAGUAGAACACUCUAACAACCUGAUAACAAAUUUAUUCACAAAUGCUGAAUAUAUUGGGUGUAAAAGGAAACUAGCUAUAAUUUUUAAUAUAGUGAAAGGCUACAUUAAUAAUAAACUCACUUACGAAGUGUGUGAUCUUGGGCAAAUCGUUGGAUCUCUCUCAGCCUGUUUGGUCACCUGUGAGAGGGAAAAAACUAGACUCCACUAGGUUUUAAUAAAUACAUUUCAAGUGGAAAUGUAUUUAUUUAUGGCAAAUCUCCCAGCAAAAUAUUUACUCUGCUUUCUACACUUAACUUUCCAUCAUGGUCCAUCUGAUUCCUCCUCUUUCAUUCUGUCUUUUCCACCUGCUGGGCCCAGCCUGUCUCCAGCUGGUGGCAUCCUAGGUUCCCACAAUUCCCAGGGCCUGGAGGGUAGAGGCUGAUUCAUAUGAACAGAGGUAGUCAGGGCUCCAGGGAGAUAGAGUCCUCUACCAGGUGUCUGCACAAUAAGAAGAUUACUGACAUCAGGGAUGGAGUGUGGACGUAGGAGGAAGUUUUAUCCUCUUAGGAUUGGUGGAAAGACGUAGACUUUGCAAUCAAUCAAACUUAGGUUUGAAUCCUAAGUCUGCUAUUUACUGUGUGUAAUCUCUAUUAGUUCCUCACCUAAAAUUGAAGAUACUUAGUUUGCAGGAUUAUUGGUUAGAAUGAAAUAAACAUUGGACAUGUAGCUAAAAUAUUGAGUAUGUAGUAGGUUCUCCAUAAGGGUAGCUAGUAUAGACUUUUUAGCUCUGAUCAAUGUGGAAGGCAGAAGUUCCUGCCCAUGUCUCUAGGCAAGAUGUAGAUGUUCAAAGUAGCAUUGAACUUCCUCAAAAAUCCAAAGGCAUUUUUGGUCAUUGGUAAAUUAAAUCACCAUGUUGUUUCCAGGACUAAAUACGCUAUAAACAGAUGUAAUAACCAACCUCAUUAAAAAAUCUUAAACUUCUUAAAUACUAAGAAUUUAAACAAAAGUGUAUUUGGUAAACAUUUUUAUUUUUCUUUUAAUUUCAACUGGAAUAGCCUAACCUGACAACAAUGUACCCACAAAUGUUGACUACCUCUAUUAGGUGUGAAAAGAACCCAGCUGUAAUGUUUAAUGUGGUGAAUGGCAUAAAGGAACAUGCAAACUGAUCCAAAUGUUUAUAAACCAAGUAUUCCUCUGGGACUCAGUGCCCUGACUUUAUGUUUUUUUUAAAACAUAGAGAGUCAAGCUUUGUUCGUACUUGAAUUAUGUACAUUGCAUUAGCCAUGCAAUUUAACUUUAACCCACAGGACUGCAAAGAAAAUUAGCUCAGCCUGCAGAACAACGAGACCGCGAGCAAGUAAGCACGUUAAUCAAAGUGAAAGGCUCACCCCUCACUUCUAGCUCUGUCCUUCUCCAGCCUGUGCCUGCCAGAUUAUUUCGGGUUCCUCAUGUUUGACUCGUCAAAGCGGCAGAAACAAGCUAAAAUGUUCACUGUGGAAAAGGGAUUUGCCUUUUAAAUUAAUGUUUGUGCACAUGCCCCGAGGAGGCUGAUGAGAAGCACGCAAUUUUUUUAAAUCAUAAAUGAAUGCAUACCCUUGCCACUAGUAAUCAUGACAAAGCUUAAGUAAUUCAGCCAUGAGCAUGGUUUUCUGAAAGUAUAAAACAGGAUUUACUAGUUGAGAAUGUCUGCCUAAACAAGCUCAUUGCUUUGAAUAUUUUCAACUAUAGUUCACAUUUGUUUAAUCCAAGCAGGUCUGGUAAACGUACCACGUUUACUGAUUGAGUGUCUUGGAACAUCACAAAAUAAACCAAUACAUGGCUUUCAGGCUGGUUUUGACAGAGGGUGGACAGAGAACCCCACAGGGGGUUUGGAAACUGCCCUGGCAUCUGGCUUACAAGUACCAGUAGGGGACCUGACCACAUUCACCACCCUUCCCUGUAAAGGGAAUAGAACACUAUUUACUCAUCUCCUGGGAGCCUAAUAUGGAUUACUGUUGUUGUCACUGUCAUUUAUUAUUCCCAACAGAGGAGGCAGACGACUUAGUUCUAUGUGGUCAGAGUUGAUUCCAUAACGUGUAUAUUUAGCCUACAUGAUAAUAAUUUGCGAGUAUUUUUAAAUGAAUGUCUAGCUUUCAAACGUCAUUAAUGGGGAAUAUCUCAACAGACAUGAAGAGCAUUCAAUGCCUAGGUGUUUGCGUCAACCUCCUCCCACCCCACUCUAAGGAAUCUGCUUCAUAGAUGACCGUAUAUUGAAUUGGUGCCUUAUAACUCAGCGCGAUCAUCUCUCUAAUUCUCGACCCCCACGGUAAAGGAGGAAUUGGCCUAAGGACACUCCAUUCUAAUUUUCUGACGCUGUCAAUGCUAACCAGAGCUCAUAGAGCAAUGAUGUGGGGGUGGGGAAGAUGGUUCCACCAUUGGUGUGAGACCAGGAGCCACUGUUUUCGUUAGAGCCACAUUUAUUUCUGGAGUAGUUGUGGGAGAGAGAUGUACUCCAAAGAGAAGAGGACUCUCGCUGUGGUUCAGGUAUGACCUACCAUCUGGACAACUCAACUCAGAGACUUUAAAGUGUAUAGGAUAUAGGAAGGCAGGGUACAUUCCACACACUAAGCUAAAAAUCACUUAUGCUCUGGGGCAGGAGAUAGAAUGAGAGCUAGAAACAAAAGAUCCAGUUGUGAAACCUAGUACCUCAGCUAAGGUGUUUGAACAUAUUUUCUCUUUUAAAAAAAUUCUGGGGAGCUUCAAUAUGUUGCUAACCUGAUUAUUUUCAGCCAGUCCUUACAGAAGAUUGAGGUGCUGGAAAACUAGCAACCCCAGAAAAUAUUAAUUCAUUUUUGCACGUGUUAAAAUAAACAACAGUAUAUUCAGUGAUGCAAUAGGCAAUUAAAGACUUUUGGAGAGAUAAGAAGAAGAAAACUAUAAAUAUUAUAUAUUCAAAAUCAGUCUCAGCAUUUUAUAAAAAUGUUGGCUUAUGUCCAAGAUCUAAGGGUGGGGGUGGGCAUGGUUUCUUUGUAGCUAAAGAAAUAGAGUGGAAAAGAAUCUGUUCUAUUUCCUUAAAAAUAAAAGACUUCUUGUUUUAUACAGCAUGGCAAAUAAAAUGCUUUUUUGUUUUUUUACCUGCCGGUAGGAUCUGGAGGAAAUUUUGCUAGCAAGCUAGGCUGUUUUCCUCUUUGGGGACCUGGUGACACUGGUUUUGCAGCAAAACCGUAUUUGCUUAUUAGGCAUUUCUUAAAAAUCCUGAAUAAGCAGCUCUUUCAACAGUUUUUGUUCCACAUGUUAAACAUUUCAUUGCAAUUUGAGCUUCGAGUGUGUGUGUGUGUGUGUGUGUGUGUGUGUGUGUGUGUGUGUGUGUGUUGAUAGGAAGGAAUGAAAGGGGGUGCAUAAGAAUUCUUGAAGGUUUUUUAUUUAAAAAAUUAAUUCCUCACCAUUACGUAUUGGAGUAUCUGCAGAAGGUGAUUCCAAUUUAUUACAUACCACCAAACUAGAUCCCAUCAAUCUUGAGCAGUGGGGGUAGGGAGGUGGUAUUGAAGACGACAUGAAAUUUGGUGUUUCAGUAGAUGAGAUUUAAUUUUCAGAAAACAUUUCGCUCAUAAAACGGAUAGCAACCCAGUGUCAGCACUGACCUCCUGAUGUCAAUGUCAUCAUGCAAGCAUAGCUAAAAUAAGCCUCAAAGUCAAACAAAGAAACAUUGCAUCUCAGCACAAUACGAUUUCUUCUCUUACAUUGAACCAAGACUCUGAGGCUGAUAUGCAAUGUCACUUACAACAUUAAUCAGAUACUGCAUUUAAGGUUCACAGUGUCUUCACCUGGAAUAGAUUCCACCUCAAGAAACCAGUUUCUUUGCUCAUCCAUAAGAAGCAACUCCUCAUCUGAUCAAGUUUUAUAAUAAGAUUGCAGAAAUUCAGUCCCAUCUUUAGGCUCCACUUCUAGUUCUUUUGCUAUUUCCACCACAUCUGCAGUUACUUCCUCCACUGAAGUCUUGAAUCUCUCAAAGUCAUCCAUGAGAGUUGGAACCAACGUCUUCCAAACUCCUGAUCUUGAUGUGGAAGAAAUGGAGGACUCAGAACCAAGGAUUUCCAAGUGAUUUCUUCCAAAGCACAGGAAUCUCACUCUGUUAAAUCUGGUCUGUUCUAACUGAGGAGACUCUUGCCUCCAUCAUGGAGGAGGCUCACACCAGAAGCCAGCUCUGCCCUUGGAGACUCUCUUCCCCCAGUGCUCCCCUGAAGCUUCACACUCACCAGUCUCAUGCUGCACCCUGACCAGCAGGUCCCCAGCAUGAGCCCCAUAAUCCCUGGGGACUGCAUUAUCACAGACCUCUAAUAAGAAGAUGGAGUUUCGCUCUUGUUGCCCAGGCUGGAAUACAAUGGCGCAAUCUUGGCUCACCACAACCUGCGCCUCCCGGGUUCAAGCAAUUCUCCUGUCUCAGCCUCCCGAGUAGCUGGGAUUACAGAUGACAGUCAUGUCCCUUUCCAGGGACCUCAAGGACGACUUUCACAGUGACACGGUGCUCUCCAUCUUAAAUGAGCAGCGCAUUCGGGGCAUUUUAUGCGAUGUCACUAUCAUUGUGGAAGAUACCAAAUUUAAAGCCCACAGCAAUGUUCUGGCAGCUUCAAGCCUGUAUUUUAAAAAUAUCUUUUGGAGCCAUGCAAUCUGUAUUUCCAGCCACGUCCUGGAGCUGGACGAUCUCAAAGCUGAAGUGUUUACCGAAAUACUUAAUUAUAUCUACAGUUCCACAGUCGUUGUCAAGAGACAGGAAACAGUCACUGAUCUUGCAGCUGCAGGAAAAAAGCUGGGAAUAUCAUUCUUGGAAGACCUUACUGAUCGCAACUUCUCAAAUUCCCCGGGUCCCUAUGUAUUCUGUAUUACUGAAAAGGGAGUGGUUAAAGAAGAAAAAAAUGAAAAAAGGCAUGAAGAACCAGCCAUCACUAAUGGGCCAAGGAUCACAAAUGCAUUUUCCAUCAUCGAAACAGAAAAUAGUAAUAACAUGUUUUCCCCGCUGGACUUGAGGGCAAGUUUCAAAAAGGUCUCCGACUCCAUGAGAACAGCUAGCCUUUGCCUGGAGAGGACGGACGUCUGCCACGAGGCAGAGCCUGUCCGCACACUCGCCGAGCACUCAUACGCUGUUUCUUCUGUAGCUGAGGCUUACAGAAGUCAGCCUGUACGUGAACAUGAUGGCAGUUCACCUGGUAACACAGGGAAAGAAAAUUGUGAAGCCCUUGCAGCGAAACCGAAAACAUGCCGGAAGCCAAAGACAUUCUCCAUACCACAGGAUUCUGAUUCAGCCACAGAAAAUAUACCACCCCCUCCAGUAUCCAACUUAGAGGUUAAUCAAGAAAGAAGUCCACAGCCAGCUGCUGUUCUCGCUCAUUCAAAAUCUCCAAACAAUGAAGGAGAUGUCCAUUUUUCCAGGGAAGAUGAAAAUCAAUCUUCUGAUGUUCCCGGGCCACCGGCAGCAGAGGUUCCACCUCUGGUGUACAAUUGUAGCUGCUGUUCCAAAGCCUUUGACAGCAGCACUCUGCUCAGUGCCCACAUGCAGCUUCACAAGCCAACCCAGGAGCCUUUAGUGUGCAAGUAUUGCAACAAACAAUUCACCACCCUGAACAGGUUGGAUCGGCAUGAACAGAUCUGCAUGAGGUCAAGCCACAUGCCCAUUCCUGGAGGAAACCAACGCUUUUUAGAAAACUAUCCUACCAUUGGACAAAAUGGAGGUUCAUUCACAGGUCCAGAACCUUUAUUAUCUGAAAAUAGGAUUGGUGAAUUUUCCAGUACCGGAAGUACUUUGCCAGACACGGACCACAUGGUUAAAUUUGUUAAUGGGCAAAUGCUCUACAGUUGCGUUGUGUGCAAACGUAGUUAUGUGACCUUAUCUAGCCUCCGAAGACAUGCAAAUGUUCACUCCUGGAGAAGAACAUAUCCUUGCCAUUACUGCAACAAAGUAUUUGCAUUGGCUGAGUACAGGACAAGGCAUGAAAUUUGGCAUACGGGAGAAAGACGAUAUCAGUGCAUUUUCUGUCUUGAAACUUUCAUGACCUACUAUAUACUCAAAAAUCAUCAGAAGUCUUUCCAUGCCAUCGAUCAUAGACUUUCCAUCAGUAAAAAAACAGCAAAUGGAGGCUUGAAGCCUAGUGUCUAUCCAUAUAAACUUUAUAGGCUACUGCCUAUGAAAUGCAAGAGAGCCCCUUAUAAGAGCUACCGAAAUUCUUCCUAUGAAAAUGCACGAGAAAACAGUCAAAUGAAUGAGUCUGCGCCUGGUACCUAUGUUGUUCAGAAUCCACACAGCUCUGAAUUACCAACGCUGAAUUUCCAAGAUACUGUGAACACCCUGACCAACAGUCCAGCCAUCCCAUUGGAAACAUCUGCAUGUCAGGACAUACCCACUUCUGCCAAUGUACAAAAUGCAGAGGGUACCAAAUGGGGAGAGGAGGCAUUGAAAAUUGAUCUUGACAAUAACUUUUAUUCAACUGAGGUGUCAGUUUCUUCCACUGAAAAUGCUGUCAGUUCUGACCUCCGGGCAGGGGAUGUACCUGUUUUAUCUUUGAGUAAUAGCAGUGAGAAUGCCGCCUCGGUGAUCAGCUACAGUGGCUCUGCACCCUCGGUCAUUGUACACAGCAGCCAGUUUUCAUCGGUGAUCAUGCACAGCAAUGCCAUUGCUGCCAUGACCAGCAGCAACCACAGAGCCUUUUCAGACCCAGCUGUCAGUCAGUCCCUGAAAGAUGACAGUAAGCCCGAGCCAGAUAAAGUGGGUAGGUUUGCAAGCAGACCCAAAAGCAUUAAGGAGAAAAAGAAAACUACAUCACAUACCAGGGGAGAAUUACCGGAGGAGUCAAACUAUGUUGCUGAUCCUGGAGGAUCAUUGAGCAAAACCACAAAUAUUGCUGAAGAAACCAGUAAAAUUGAAACCUACAUUGCAAAACCUGCUCUGCCGGGAACCUCCACAAAUAGUAAUGUUGCACCCCUUUGCCAAAUAACAGUGAAAAUUGGAAACGAAGCCAUUGUGAAAAGGCACAUUCUAGGAUCUAAAUUGUUUUAUAAAAGAGGGAGAAGACCCAAGUAUCAGAUGGAGGAGGAGCCUUUGCCACAGGGGAAUGACCCAGAACCCAGUGGAGACAGCCCACUCGGGCUUUGCCAAUCCGAGUGCAUGGAGAUGAGUGAAGUGUUUGAUGACGCAAGUGACCAGGAUUCCACUGACAAACCGUGGCGCCCUUACUACAACUACAAACCCAAAAAGAAAUCCAGACAGUUGAGAAAAAUGAGGAAAGUCAACUGGAGGAAGGAGCAUGGAAACAGGAGCCCGAGCCAUAAAUGUAAAUACCCAGCAGAACUGGAUUGCGCCGUGGGGAAGCCUCUUCAGGAUAAACCCUUUGAGGAAGAAGAAACUAAAGAGAUGCCCAAGCUGCAGUGUGAACUCUGUGAUGGAGACAAAGCAGUGGGGGCUGGAAACCAAGGACGGCCCCACCGACAUCUUACUUCUCGGCCAUAUGCCUGCGAGCUCUGCGCCAAGCAGUUCCAGAGCCCUUCCACACUCAAAAUGCACAUGAGAUGUCACACCGGGGAGAAGCCAUACCAGUGCAAGACCUGCGGGCGGUGCUUUUCGGUGCAAGGAAACUUACAGAAACACGAACGCAUCCACCUGGGCUUGAAGGAGUUCAUCUGUCAGUAUUGCAACAAGGCAUUCACCUUGAAUGAGACCCUCAAAAUCCAUGAAAGAAUCCAUACUGGAGAAAAGCGUUACCACUGUCAGUUCUGCUUUCAGAGAUUUUUGUAUCUCUCCACCAAAAGGAAUCACGAGCAGAGGCAUAUUCGGGAGCAUAAUGGGAAGGGCUAUGCCUGCUUCCAGUGCCCCAAAAUUUGCAAAACAGCUGCUGCCCUUGGAAUGCACCAAAAGAAACACUUAUUCAAAAGCCCAAGUCAGCAGGAGAAAAUAGGUGACAUGUGCCACGAAAACUCAAAUCCCUUGGAGAAUCAACAUUUCAUUGAUUCAGAAGACAAUGACCAAAAGGAUAACAUACAAACCGGUGUGGAAAAUGUUGUCCUUUGAGUGGCAAGAAUUAGAAAAAUCUUCAGAAAUAUAGUUGGUGGUUUUUUUUAGUUAUGAUUUAAGUUUAGUUUAAUUUUGUUCACGUGACAGUCAUGAAGGAGUGAAAUUAAAAAAAAACAAAAAACAAAAAACUCAUUUGUGAAAAUUCCAGAAAAAGGAUCCUAAUAUCUACUUUGGGUUUUAGCAUUAACUUUAUGCAAAGUGCACAAAAACAAAAUAGCUGACUCCUCCAAUAUCCCAAGUUUCUUGUGAAAGUUAAUGAAGUUCUUAGCUGUGGUAUUUCUACCAGUGAAAAAAGGAGUUUAAUUUUAGCCUAGUUUAAAACUUUCUAAUAAUUGCUAAUAAGAACUGGCUGCUGAACUGUCUUUAGUCACUGGAGAAAAUAAGGGUCAGAUAUCCUGAAGAUGGCAUCUUCGUAAAUAUGUUACGUGGUAAUGAGCUGUGUGACGGUCUUUAUUCCCAUCUGGCUUCUGCACUAUUAAAAUUUGUUUAAAUUAAUGGAUACACAUGAAAUACUUAAACAAUAUAACUGAAAUUAUGUGCAUAUUGAGUAACCUAAAGUAGGACAUUCAUACAUUAUGUAGAACUACUUUUCUGCAACACAAACCUUGUAAAAUACAUAUAUAAAUCACUAUAACUUUUAACUGUCCAUAUCCCCUGUAGAGAAUUAUGAGGAGCAAUAGAUCUGCAAAUAAUGAGGACUGAUGUAAAAAUCAAUAGAAAGCAUUUUGAAUAUGAUUUAAAAGCAUGUGAAUGCUUUUAGAUGGAAUGCUGUUCCCUUGAAGUUAUGGCUGAGCUGUUCUUAGAACUGGUCUACUCAAUUCAUAGAAAACAUAGGUCAUGCCUUAUCUAUGGGGGAACACCCUCCCAGAAUUUACCUGUGAUUACCUGUGCUGCAUAUUACUUUGCAAUGGCCUCAAGGGUCACAUUCUUCUGAAACUCUCUGCAGUCUUCCAACCACCACAAGGCCAUGGAUGUGGGGGUCUAUUCCAGACAGACUUAAGGGUUCAAGUGGAACCUGCCAUCUCCCAUUCCACUGAAGGACUGUCCAAGAGAUUUAGUGCAAGGUACACUGCAGUAGUGAAUUCCCAGGCACUUGAAAGUGACUGCCUAAUCCCUACAAUUACUAGCCUUGUUGGAGAUUAUGCAGCCCACAAGUACAGACUAGUAUAAAGCAAAAGGACAAAGGAACCCCCACCCUCCACCCCACCCAUUAAUGACUUGAGUGGGCAAGAAGAAGUGAUGGCCUUCCUUGCCUAAAACAGUAGCUUUGUUUUUAGGGGAUGGGAAGGUAGGAUGUGGAGUGACAUGGUUCUAUCCUUUACUAAUGAGACUCAGAAAUAUAUCUACAAAGCCAGAUGCUCUGUCUUCAUAUUUGCAGACAUCUAGACCCCUUGCUAAAAACCCACUGAAGUUUUUUUUUAAUGUUCUUUGACCCACACCAUCAACAUUACCCUCAAAUCUAAUUGCCCUACAGCAUAUUCUAUCAUGUGGACUAGGUUCCUGGAAAGCUGGAACUCAUGAUUCUUUUUUAAACUGCCAGAAUAGAAGGGAGAGAGAAAACAUUUCUACCCCUUUGAUCACCAGUGUGAACAGAAUCCGGAAUGCAGUUUCAGCGUGACCUGCAGUCAUUCAUGUUCAUUGGAUUUGACAGAUGGAAACCCAAGGUUAUCGAAGAUUGGAAGGUUAUCAUUGUGAAGAAGUAGCUCAAAGGACUCCGGUUUCUGUCUACAAGUGUGAUGUCUCCAUGAAGAAGACUUAGUAUGGAUUUGGGUGGGUAAGAAAGCAUUUAAAUGCCCAGGAAAGGACAUGAUUAAAGUUGACCUUUUAAUACUGCAGUACCUUGCUGUUAAGUAACCCCACUAUUGUAUCUGCAUUUAUCUUUUGUUCAUCUACUUUCACUUACAUACAGUAUUAUAUAAGUAGAGAAAAAUGGGAAAAUGCAAGCAAAUUCAACUUUAUUUUAUACAUUGUAUAUAUGUAUACCCUACACUAUUCAUUUGGGUUUUAUUAAAGAGAUAGUCACAAAGGGCUUAUGCAAAUCAUUUUUGAAUUGAUAAUUAGAAUAUUGAAUAAGCAAUCCUAUGAUCCACUAAUUUGUUUUAUCAGUUAAUAAUAUUAAUCAAAGACAAGUACUGUGUAUUCUAGUCAUUUUGAUUUGAGUUAACCCCAAAUAUAAAAUUACCUGUAGUGAUGUCUCUCUCCCAGCCCUUAUAUGUGGAUAUUUUGUAAGUGGACUUGUAUGCUGAUAAUUCUAGACCAAAGUAAAUAUGGCAGAAUAUUUAUACAUGAAAAAAUAAUUUUGCAAAUAUUUUCUAUAAUUGUAUUCAUUUAAAAUGUUGAUAGCUUGUGUUAGUUUCAGGGAGGGGUGUAUAUUUUGAUAAAAAAAAUACUUGACUUUGUAAUUCUGUAUAUUCUAUACAAUUUAUAGCAGAGCCGUUUUAAGACAGCCUUGUCACAUUUUUUUGUUAAUUGUGAAAAUUUUAUUGAGUGAUGUUUAAGUAUGCAUUGAGUACAUGACCAACUAGAAUUAAAGUAAGUGUAAACAGUGAACAUACUGUAUGCUGUACAAGAUAUAAUGUAACUUGCUGUUUUAGCAUCUGUAUUUUGGUUAGAAGAUAUUAUUAAAUGCAGAUGUUAAGGAUUGGAAAAGUCUAAUUUUAUUUUUAGAAAUAAUGGAUAUAAAUUUGUUUUUGCUUGAUUAAAAUAGCUUAUUCCUACAUUAAGUCUCUUUUUAAAUGUUUUAAUGUUAUUUCUUUUGUGCAGCUAUUUCAUCUGUGUGAGUCACAGCUUUGUUUCCACGUAUUAUUCAAUUUAUUUCUGUUUCCUUACUUGUUUACAUUCCGUGGUACCUACUUACAUGCUUAGGAGUCAAAUGGAUUAUGACAUUAGGAAAAAAAGCAGAAUAAAAGAGUUUGAAGUCUUCUGA